AUGGUUCUCGGAAACAUUCGCACAGGCUCUUCCAGUUCCGCCCCGGCAACGCCCUCGCUCCAGUUUCCGAUCGGCCCACAUGUCCCGCAGGCUAGCGGAUCAGCCAUGCUGCCAAGCCCGCCGCCGACUGCCGGAGCGGGGCUCGCGCUCGAGCUGGAUUCCGCCGAGCUGGUCUACCGGGCGUUCACUGGGGAUGAGCUGAAUGGGGCGCCAGUUGAUCUGGCGGGCUCGAUCGUCCUCCAACUGGCUGAGCCCACGAGUUUCAAGCACAUCUCUCUCGUCCUCAAGGCCGUCGCCCGGAUCGACUUUCUCGACCCGCUGUCCGGAAAGCGUUAUCACCAAGAAACACCCGUCUUCACCAAUCACUCCGAGUUCCUGCCGCUCUGCUCUGACUCCUCCCAUACCCACACCCUUCAGUCGGGCCUCCACCAGUUUCACUUCUGCCUCAAACUUCCGCCUGGCCUCCCCGCUUCAAUAAGAACCUCAAGCGGCUCCGGUCUCAUCUAUUAUAAGCUCAAGGCAGUCGCCGCCAGGCCGAACGCCUUUCUACUCAAAAAUCCCUCCAGGUUCGAGACUAAAACGUUUCUUAGGGUCUCCCGCUCCUUCCCGGCUGAAGCACUGGAAUGGAGCCAAACCUUAGACAUUGAAAACACUUGGCCUGGCAAAAUCUCGUAUGAAAUCAGUUUGCCCCGGAAGGCGUUUGUGGCCGGCGAAACAAUCCCAAUCAGCAUUAAGUUUACCCCGUUGGUUAAAGGCGUACGAGUGACUUCGUUGGUAGUGACAAUCAAAGAACAUGUCACGCUAUUGGCCAAACCAGGUGCCAUGCCACACGUGGAAAACCGGGACGUUGGCGAGUAUCGGUUCGAAUUCAAGACGGGUACAAGCCAGCCCGCCUCACGGUCAUCGGAGCCACCAAGCAGACGAAUGGGGGCACUGACGUCGACGGAUUUGAGUCUACUCACCCGGCGAUUGCAAGCGGUGUCGGUGGGGAACGAGGGUAGUUCGAGGAGCGAGAACGGUCCCGGGCCAUCGGAGCCGGCAAGGAGUCGGGCGGUGAGCACGGGCACGCGGAGCGUGACGGAGAUUUUUGACCCUGAGAAUCCAGAGAACCUCUCGGGCGAGUUGGAGAAAGUGGUGGGGAUUAAUCUGCCGGCGACGACGACACCGACCCACCCGAUUCCCCCAGUCACGGUUACCCAUAAGCUCCGGUUCAGCGCGUUUAUCAGUAACCCCGAUGGACACACCUCCGAGCUCCGCUGUGCACUUCCACUGCACGUGCUCGCGGUCCAAAUGAUGGCUGAGGCGAUGCUGGCUGCUGGCGGCAAUGGCACAAACGCGCUCGCCUUUGGCCCCUCCGGAGCCCUCCUCCCCGCUGCUCAAACCGACGGUGCUCCCGCCGAGCUGCCCUCAUACCCCGAGCACGUCCGUGAUCGUCUUGCACCCAUCGCUAGCGCCGGCAACCGUCCUGCGCUCAUCCCAGCCCCCUGGUCCUUGGCUACCACUCCCGCUGGAACACCCCUCGAAAGUCCCAGCUCGAGACGCUCCUCAAUCAGCCAUGGGUACUUCCCUACCAUGACCAGAUGGAACGACCCCGAACUGGCGCGCUCUUUGGACCCUUCUGCUGAAACUGACCAUGCUAGUCGUGGAAGGUCGAGUCACACUAGCAGUCGAGCCUCGAGUAGGGGAUCGAGUCCUAACGGAACCCACCCGUUCCUGAAUUCGAUGGCGAGUAGCAGCAGUCUGAACAAGUACCAAUUGCGUCUCCCCAAGGCGCUGACGCGGAUGGCGCAACAACUGAGUGUGAGUUCGACGACGGGUGGGCAGAGUCCGCCGACGGCGCCGAAGCCCGGCCUGGGCACCCGGACGAGUUCGACCAGCUCGCUCACCCACCUCUUCGCCUCCGCCGCCCACGUCGCCAGCGCCAGCUCCUCUAUCCCCGUCCCCGCCACUUCCCCCCCUCCUGAAGCCCUCCAACAACCUGCGAAUCCCGCCUCCUCCGCCAGCACAGACCCCCCUAAUGAAAUCGACGAGGAAUCCGAAGACGUCCUCUCCAGAGUGCCUAGCUACGACGUCGCAAGUCGUGGCCCACUGGGUGGAGGUUCAGUCCCGAUAUCCUCUCUGGUCGGCCUACCUGCUUACGACGAAUUAUGA